CCUGUGGGUGCUGGCUGGGCGGCCGGCCGCAGGCCACAGGCGGAGGUGCCACCGGCCAGAGCCCCACCAGACACACAGGGCAUUGUCCCUCGGUCAACAGCCCCUGGGCACCUCAGCCUGGCUCCUGGCCUGCCCCCACGCCCCUCACCGCCUGCCACUGCGCUAGGCUCAGCCAGCUGGGGGCCCAAGGCUCCCAGCUGAUGAUGAGCCCACCCACUCACUCCCCCAGCAGCCCCCAGUUGAGCUAUAAUUGCUUCGCUCCAUCCUGUUGCUGCCAUUCUCUCGGCGGCAUCUGGGGUUCCAGGCGGGCAGCAGCUGCAGGCUGACCUUGCAGCUUGGCGGAAUGGACUGGCCUCACAACCUGCUGUUUCUUCUUACCAUUUCCAUCUUCCUGGGGCUGGGCCAGCCCAGGAGCCCCAAAAGCAAGAGGAAGGGGCAAGGGCGGCCUGGGCCCCUGGCCCCUGGCCCUCACCAGGUGCCACUGGACCUGGUGUCACGGAUGAAACCGUAUGCCCGCAUGGAGGAGUAUGAGAGGAACAUCGAGGAGAUGGUGGCCCAGCUGAGGAACAGCUCAGAGCUGGCCCAGAGAAAGUGUGAGGUCAACUUGCAGCUGUGGAUGUCCAAUAAGAGGAGCCUGUCUCCCUGGGGCUACAGCAUCAACCACGACCCCAGCCGUAUCCCCGUGGACCUGCCGGAGGCACGGUGCCUGUGUCUGGGCUGUGUGAACCCCUUCACCAUGCAGGAGGACCGCAGCAUGGUGAGCGUGCCAGUGUUCAGCCAGGUUCCUGUGCGCCGCCGCCUCUGCCCGCCACCGCCCCGCACAGGGCCUUGCCGCCAGCGCGCAGUCAUGGAGACCAUCGCUGUGGGCUGCACCUGCAUCUUCUGAAUCACCUGGCCCAGAAGCCAGGCCAGCAGCCUGAGACCAUCCUCCUUGCACCUUUGUGCCAAGAAAGGCCUAUGAAAAGUAAACACUGACUUUUGAAAGCAA